CCAAAUUCUCUCGCGGUCCUCGUUCAAAACACAGAACCGACAGCUCAACAGCGAUCCGUGCUACGGCUUUGUAGUCGUAAUAUAAUCUGGAAAAGAGGAGAGGGAGCCUUGUGAGCGGCAUCUAUUUGUUUUAAUUUCCACAAUGGCAGAAGGAGGAGAUGUGGAAUGGGAGCUGAGCAAAGAAAACAUCCAGCCACUGCGGCGGGGCAGAGCCAUAUCAGCCUUACACCAAGCGCUCAGUCAACAACAGGAUGGCGACAGCGCUGCCAUCAACCAGCAGAGACAGGCCUUUGAGUCUGAACUGCGAAUGUAUGACGGGGAUGACCUGCUGGAUGUUUGGGAUCGGUACAUAAAGUGGACCGAGCAAACCUUCCCUCAGGGAGGAAAGGAGAGCAACCUUGCCACACUGUUGGAACGGGUCGUGACCAGAUUCACAGAGGAAAAGAAAUAUCACAAUGACCCUCGCUAUGUUGACCUCUGGAUCAAAUUUGCGGAGAACUGCCCAGAUCCCUUGGACAUUUACAGGUACAUGCAAGCGCAGGGAAUAGGAUUGACACAGGCAUCCUUCUACAUCGCUUGGUCUGAGGAGUAUGAGAAUCACGGCAACUGUCGCAAAGCAGACCUGGUCUACCAGGAGGGAUUCAAGAUGUGUGCUGAGCCGCAAGAUAAGCUCCUGCAAUUUCACAAGGCUCUGCAGGCACGUGUGUCCCGACAUGUGAUGAUGAAUGUGGAGGAGGAGGAUAGUGAUGAUGAGGCCAAACAACCUGAGAGAGUUUCUCUGGCCGACCUUAAACAUAGAGGGAAGAAAAAGGCCAUUGCACCUGUCAACAGAACCGGGCCUGCAAUCAGAAGUAUUUCCAGAGGCCUACAGUCAGGUGGCGCCCCUGUCCUCGGGAAUGCUUCAAACAGUCGUUUGGUGAUCUUCGAUGAAAACAAGACUCAAAGUGCUGGUCCAUCAGAGCCUAAGGUGGAGUCUUGGAUGGCUCCUCCCACUUCUAGGGCAAAGGAGAACGAGCAGAGACCAGAAAGAUGGUGUGAUGUCAAGAUGCCCCAGAAGUCCAAAUUUGGACACACUGUUAUGGCUCCACCACCUCCCAAACCCACCUUCCAACCAUUUGUAGAGGAGUCAGACCAGCCUCCAACAAUGACUCCAUGCAAGAUCAACCCGGCAGUGAACACGGUUUUAUCAGCGCGUAAACCGUGCAGAGAGGAAACUCCUCUAAAGAGAGUACAGGAGCACCAUCAGCAACAGAAGGAGGCAGAGACAGCAAAGCCCCAGGAGCAGAGCAUGUACUGUAAAGAGCUGCUGCUCAGCGGCGCCACCGAAUUCUGCUUUGAGGAACUGCGUGCUGAACACUACUUCAAAAAGAUGGCACAGGAAUCAGAGGAGGUCAGAGGUCAAAAGGAUCAAGCCAGUGCCAGUGCUACAAACUACAAAGACUAACAAUUUGACUGUGUUUUUUUAAUGUGGAUUUUCCGCUUCAUUUUGACGAUAUUUUUUGUGCAAGUAUCAUGUAAUUACUGUUCUGCAUUGUAUGUUAUCCUGUUGUAAAUAUUUUGUUUAUAGAGAUCCAGUUACUAAAAAGGUAAAAAGACAAAAGGGCCAAGAUUUUAAGCACCCCUUUGAACUGAAGACACACUAUUUUAGCAGUGUUAGAUUCAUUAAGAAUACAACAGGGGGACCAAAUAAUAACGAGUGCAGUCUAAAAUAAUCCAGUGCAAAACACCAAACAUUAAAGCAACAAAACUGACUGUACAGCAGAAAACAUAUCUACAUUUCAACAAACAAUACAGGCUUCACAGUAGUAUUUAUAGGGCUAUUGAAUUGUAUUGUAGCGUUACAUGUCCACUUCUGGUACAUACUACACACAUUUGUUUACGUCUGCUCAAGUCUUUGUUGCAGAAAUUCUACUCACUGUUAUUCCCAAUAUCACUCUUAGGCGAUUCAUUCAUUUUCCUCAGCUGCAUUGUUCUUAAGAACAGUGAUUUUUUUAUAUGUGCUGCCUUUUUCUAAGUUGUUUUGUCUUGAGCAGAUUUUUCUGUACAAUUCCACCACAGUUGAAAGAGGGCUUCAGUGAGGUGAUUCAACUGGGCUUUAUGUCUAAGUCUGAGUAGAAUGUCCCCUCUAGGCCAUGUGUCAUUGAUGUUCAAUAAACUUGUUAAAAUGUCUG